GUCAUGCACUACAAAUAUUUUUGUAGUUUUAGUUUUCGUUUUUUUCGAUUUUGUGUAUGGAAAUUAUUUGUGUUGGUUUUGUAUCUUUCAUCGCAAGCUGUUAAACACUGUUAAUCAAAAAUGGUUCUGCGAUUUUCAACAUACUCAAUUCCUUACCGCAAGGAAUUUAAUUCGGCUAACAAACAGGCCGACGAAACACUGAAAAAUUGGUACGACCGUUUGAAAAUCCUAGCACAACCGUGCGACUACGGACUGCAUUCGGAGGCGUUCAUUCUGAACCAAUUCAUCUGCGGCCUGGAUACAUUGAUUCUGGAAUAUUUGAAUGCGGAACAGAAGGUUUUGUCGGUGAACGAUGUGUUUGAUUUGACAAAGAGUUUCGAGCACAGUAACGAGCUGGUGGAUGAGUCCGCUCUGACACAGAAACAAGUUUUGGAGAUCAUAAAAACAGAAGAACUCAAUUCAUCCGAUGGUGAGAACUUCAACGACGAUUCGGCCAGUGAUAGUGAGGAAGGAACAACAAAUGAGGUAAGGAAUUGGCGACACAACCGUGAACCGAUAGAUGAAAGUGGAGUGAACAGUAAAUCGCGAAAGGAUAACAUUCAGGCGAUGACGGAAAAGCCAUUCCCAUCGUUGAAAAGUACAAAACGGUUCGAGUGCUACUUGUGCCACAAGACUUUUAGAACGGCUGGCAAAUUAACUUAUCACUUUAACCGUUGCCACUCAAUUCGAAGAAAAACGAGAUCCACUGUGAAACGAACAAUCGAAUCACAGGAACUUCCAACAUCGUUCGAGUGCUACUUGUGUCAGAAAUCUAUGAAUACGGUUGGUCACUUGCUGCAUCACUUCACUCUGUACCACACAAUCGGAAAAACCUCGAAAUGCAUCCUGUGCGGAAAAUGGAUUACCAAAAUGGUUUAUCAUUUGAAUGCGCAUCUAAAUGUGAAACCGUUUCACUGCAAUAUGUGUGAUGCAGCGUUCAGACGGCCCGAAGUGUUGAAAAAGCAUUUACUCAGUCACAGCAAUCCGCACGUAAAACAGUUUAAGUGCUCCAAGUGCUCGAAGGUUUUCAUUACGAGGAUGCAAUUCAAGACACAUCAUAAAGGGCACAAACGACCUGACAGGAGUCUGAGUGAAAAGUUAGAUGAUUUAUACAGAAAGAAGAAAGAACAAACGACCGUUACUGGCAAGUACAAAUGUGAUGUUUGUGCGACAGAGUUUGACAAAGAAGGUCAGCUAAUUGUGCACUCAAAAGUGCACAACCAAACCGAAUGGCUCUGCCAUCUAUGCGGAGCCAAACUGAGCAACAAGCGAAAUUUGAUGGUUCAUUAUCGCGUACAUACAGGAAAGCCGUUUCAAUGUAACGAAUGUGAUCGAAAAUUUUCCACCAAAGCAAAGGUCAACAGUCACGCGAAAAUUCACACUGAUGCAGGUCGACCUCACAAAUGUACGAUUUGUUCGAAGGGGUUCAUCCAAAAGGUUCAUCUGGCCGGUCACAUGAAAGUUCACUUCCCCGUCAACCGGAGAUUUAAAUGCGAUCAAUGUCCGAAGGAUUUUUUAAAAGAAGAUCAAUUGACCAGGCACAAGCUUUUGCAUGCCGGCAUAACAAGACCGUGGCAAUGCAAUUACUGUAAAAAAGGAUUCAAGACGAAUUAUUGUCGCGAAGAACAUGAGCGAACGCAUACCGGCGAGAAACCGUUUGCCUGUUCAAUUUGCGGCAAGAAGUUCGCGCAGCAGUCAUCUCUGCGCGGUCAUCGAAAAGUUCAUUUGAAACCUCCUAAGCCAAAGACAGAACAUCCGAAAAGGAAGAGGAAGCAGUAGAAAGAUAAUUCGAUUGCAAACAGUAUUACAGGAGAGGCAUAUUUUGGUUGAGAAUGUAAUUUGCUUUGAUUUGACUAUUUCUUAAUAAAGAAAAUGAA